UUGGAGUGUUUUUGAAAUAUGUGGAUAAGAGCUUCCCCGAAACAUGAGAUGAAUUUUGGACUGUAGAGAAUCAGAACAGAGACGGACAGGAAGUGAAGUAUAGGCCUGAAGACGGUGCCCUAAAAGUGGCUGCACGGUUCUGCCGUUAGGGAGGUGAUGCCACAGAGGUGAAUGAAAAGUUACCAAGACAUUUUAUAGUGUUGAGGAGAUUGGUGCUGUACGAUCUCAGGAAAUAUGUGUGAAGUUGAAAUAUCUGCACAGGCCUAUGUGAAGCUAUUCCUGCACGCCUACCGUUAUCCACACUGCUCCAUCAAUGGUGUGCUGCUUUCGGAUAGAAGCGCCAGCAGCCCUCAAGGAGGAUGUAUAUAUAUUGAAGACUGUGUGCCACUUUUUCACUCCUGUCUUUCUCUCUCUGCAAUGACAGAAGUUGCUUUACACCAGAUUGACAGUUGGUGUUCGCAGAGACAAAGGAAGAUUCUAGGAUACUAUCAAGCAAAUGCUGCUCUGACAAACACUAGCCCAGAUCAAGUGGCAGUAAAAAUUGUGGAUAAAAUUUCAGAACAGUGUCAGAAUGCUGUUUUAGUAAUGGUGGACAAUUCAAAAGUUGAUUCUGGCAUACCCCCAGUCCUCCUGUAUGAGAAAAAAGAUUCAAAGUGGAUUUUAAAAGAUAAGAACUUGGUGAUGUGGAGGCAGUGGGAAGAAACAAAGCGGGUGGCCAAUGCCCUUUUGGAGUCCAAAGCUUACAGACAGCUAGUGGACUUUGACACCCACCUUGAUGAUAUACGCCAGGACUGGACCAAUCAGCACAUCAAUGCCAAAAUUGAAGAGCUGCUAUACCCUGCAAAUGGGACUAUUUGAUGAGGCUUUACAGUCACAAGUCAAACUUCUUACUGUAACCAAGAUUGCUGCAAGAAUUUGUCUAGCAUUAUAAAAAACAGGUUAUCAUAAAACAAGCCCUUGAAAGAUGGUCAGCUUUUCCUUCUUUCUCAUUUAGCUUCAAGGAAAUUCUGUUUAGCCUAGUUGGAGCAUCGGUUUAGUCUGGCUUGUGAGAAUUAAAGUCAUUAAUUGUUGAA